GGGUAUUGGUGACGAGGAUUGAAGUAUCAGUGAUUAAAACUGAUUAUCCAGCAAGUUUAAAUACUAUAUCCUACGCGAGGAUAAUGGCGUUUUACGUGAAGCGUAAUAGCGUCAAACACGUGCCGUGGUUCUCUCUUUCGGAGUGGCACGAUGUAUAUAAACAAAUUUACUCCAGUGAUACAGGAGAGCAGAAAAAAGGAUAUGAAAGACUGUUAGUUUGGAAAGCAAGGCUACCAAAAAUGCCGGUUGGUGCAGAAUGUACGCUAUCAAUAAUCCAAGUUUGUCUGAGGGACAGAGAAUUGACCCCAAAAAUUGACAGUGGCGAGUUACCAGCCCAUUAUGAGAAUGAUUUACGUCUGAUGUACUCAACCACAAUAAUGAGGUUUUUGAAUCAGAUAAGUAACAUCGGGCAUACCAAGCAAUCAUCUCUUUUUCAAAUCGCCAAACAGCUCAAGAUUCCACAAUGGAUUGUGAACAUUCGCCACGACGCUGCUCACGGCGAUGAAUUACCAUCUAUCAGCGUUUUACGGAUAGCAAUAAAUAUUUUACUUGAAUGGCUACACGAGGAGUACUGGGCAGCUGAGACCAAAGCAAUGGAAGCUGCUGUAGAACUAGCAGAAGCAUUGCCCGAGCCUGAUGAAGUACAGAUUCUAAUGGACUUGAUCGAACUGUGGAUCGCGAUUGGUUUAUAUAUUCAUGCUGGGUGUUCUUCGAUAAAAGAUAUUCCUGAUGCUCAGCUGAAAAAAACAUUAAGUGAUUUUGGAACAUACACAAUUAACUCGUCGGCUAAUGAUAGCAAAAAUUCACAGGUUGAAUUGAAUGGCAAAGACAAUACAUUGAUAACAGGGCAGAAUAUUCUUUUGGCUAAGAUUUCCAGAUAUCUGAGCAAAAAUAAAUUAGCAGCAAACAAGGACGAGGUUGUUCUGAAUAUAUUGAUCAACAGAGACGUAUUUCUACCCAGUGAAGAAUCUUUAGAGAUUUUCAACAAACAGAAAUCAUUAUCGGGGAUUAUGGUGCAGGACAGUCUUUCUCCAUAUUUAACACGGUUCUGGCAAGAUUUCAUAAUGCUUUUACAUGACAAAGACAUGUUACAAACGUUGAUUUUGAGUUUAUUGAAUCUUGUGAAUGAUGAAAAUCAAAAACAACAAAAAAGGCUGACAGCAUCUUUGUGGUUGCAAUAUAUAGCGUCUAGUUUGUGCAAAAUCAAAAUAGCACACAAUAUCAAACAUUGCAUGGAACAUGCGCAUGAAAACAAUAAAAAAAAAACAUCGCCAAUAUCGUUUGUUAAAGUUCAAGAAGAAGUCGAUCAAAAUUAUCCGGAAUACAAAAAUGUAUCGUGGCUGAAUGUCUCAGGGGACAUCCCGAGCUGCCUAACGGACCGAAACUAUGUUACUGAAAUCCUAUGCGACAUUAACAAAUUUUCAACAAAUUUUGUCACCCCCAUUCUGCAACUAGUAACACCGAGUUUGUCCGAGAACACGAAAGGGCAGGUUUUCAAAUUUAUCCAGGUUUACACGGGAAAGAAGGUAGUCAGUGAUCAAUCCCUUCUGGUUGAUGAUAUUAAAACUGUCGAUGAUUUUGUUGCAUUGGCAAAAGCGCAGAAUGGGAAAAAUCUAUUCAACGAAAAAUUUUCUGCAGAAAUAGGCGAUCAAACAAAUAGACAUUCGAUCUGGCUGUUGGAACUGGAAACUCAAGACUGGUCAAAUUGUCUUUUUGGGAUACUGCCAUGGCAGUUAGAGUCUAUGAAUACGAUGAACACAUUCGGGGAUAGAAAUUCAGUUUGCAGUCUAACCUUGAAAGAAUCUGAUGUCCUACCAGGAAUGAUUGAUGAAAGGACUAUGACCGUAAGAAGUAGGAUCAAUUGGAAUAGCAUUUUGGGAAAGAAAAAGAAACCAAAACGAAAGAGAAGUGGUGAAAGUCAAGGCAAUAUGGUACACAAAGCGAUGCGGAUCGCCAGCAAAAAUUGUUGAAUUUUUUAAAUUGUUUGAAGGACUGUCAUAGGACCUCACCGGGAUUUCCACAAUGUUGGAUGUUGAUCAAUUCCUUGUCAUCUAUAUACAUACUUGUAUAUUUACUAUAGCAUAUUUUGUCCGUGUGCGUUGUGCGUGUACACAUAGCAUAUGUACCCAUAUAUGUAUGUAUAUAUGAACAAUUUCCUGAUAUGUAACAAAUAAAUAGGUAACAAAGUUUC